UUGUCUAAAUGAACGGACGGUGUUUCUUGACGUUUGAACUGGUGCUCUAGUAGGACCCUUCAGUGUGAUUUUGAGGGUGUAUCUAACUGCAGUUCGUUACUACGUUCACGCUGUUUCUACUGGACGGUUGUUGCACAAAAAGGUAGCAAACUGGGAAAUACAAAUUGGAUCAGCUGUACUCAACAAGACCUCUGUACCACUACAGUAUCUAGAAGGCUGUUAGAAUCCGGGCCGAAGUGAGUCGGUGGGAGGGAAUAGGCACCAAAUCACGUGGACGUCGAUGCAAUGGCGUCCUCGGUGUCCCAGGCAAGCGCCCUCUAUGAGUACCAAGCAAAGGAUGACCGUCUUCUCAAUCUGCAGCAAAAUCAGAGUUUUAUUGUCGUCGAUAAGCUCUCCAAGGACCCGAACUGGUUGUUUGCGGUAAUGGAAGAUGGUACAACUGGAUAUGUGCCAUCAAACUACAUUUCGAAAAAUGGUGAUCUUGACAGUCAGCUGGCAGAGAAAACACUGGCCGCUCUUCAAAAGAAUGCUCACAACCACAACGAAAUGGAGAAGAAGGCCGUACGGUGUCUACGGGAAAAGAUGGCUUUGUCGCGACUUAACUCGGAUUGGCUGUCGGAAAAUCUUUGGGAUCCGGCGCAAGUAGCUCGAGAAAUGGUCGAACAAGUGGAGGCUGCUACAAAGCUCAGUCCUCAAAUGGCGAGAACUGCUGUGCAACUUGUACUCAAUAAAGUCGCUGAAACGAUGCCUUCGACACUGCAGUCAAAUUUGUGGCGAGCAUUGAUGUCGAAGAUCGAAACGAUGAACACGGAAACAGACUACGAUCGCUUGGAAUUGGUUUUUAAGGGACUUUAUCUCACCAAAAAUGACGAACAACAGCGGUCGUGGCCGCUACACCAGGACGAAUCUACUAUCAAUACCUUGCUUGAGCGAUUAUACUUGCUACUGGUAGAAACAGACGCCAGUACCAGUAGUCGAGUACUUCAGAUCGAUAACUACGAGUACAUUACUACAUUAGUCGAAUAUUAUCAGAUGGAAACGCGAAAUUUGCUUCGCGUUUGGAUGCUCAGGGUAUUUCUGACGUGCUGCGAGCUUGACUUCUGCGUUGUGUCUGUUUUACUUCACUCAGUUUUACCGAUGGAAUUAGCGCGGGAUCUCCGUACCCAACCAGAUAUUGAACGGUUCAAGUACUCUUUACUGCUACUGACCGUAAUCUUCUGUUCGGGAGAGAAACCUCCGAAUGAUGUUUACGGACAAAUAAAUGAGGAGUUCAUUAACUUCUUGCUAGAGCAAAUCGAGAACCCUCUUGACGAUGACCAGGAACUCGCAGAGCUAUGCGUUGGCGUCCUUCUGGCUACAAGCUUAACAUCCAGCGAUUUUGUGAUGGAGAAAUUGCUCAGUACUGAGCAGUCUUUGCAAGGUUUCACUCAAAAACUUUUACUCCUUGUUAAUCGUGAAGAUGAUCCAACCAAGGUAUUGAAUCACAGUGAGCUGACAUCGCGUCCCUCAAAUUCGGUUCUCGCUAUGCUGAUUUGCCUUUUCUCUAAGCCCAAAACAGCAGAUAUCUUCUAUUUAAAUGAUGUUCAUGUAUUAAUCGAUAUCAUUGUGCGCCAACUAGUGGAUACCCAGCCUUCAGAUGAAAGGCGUCAAGAUUACUUGCUUUUAAUAGAAAACAUACUUAAGAAUGGAGCCUACCAAGGACACAGGUAUAAUCAACUGGAGAAGUGUUUUAAUGCAGUACUAACUAGUCCAGAAUCGCCAGAUAGUCACGUGAAGAUUGUGCGAAGGAUCCUGGACAGUGGUAACCUGAAAGCGGCAUAGUGACAAAAGGAAUAAAAUGCAAAAAUAUUCUUUCAAAUUGCUGAAUGUUAUUUAGUCAAAUACUGUAAGCUACGUAAUGGGACAACUAGAAUGUACAAAGUUAAUUUAACGUUUUCAGUGCUCCUGUCUUUCCAUGCAGCAGAGUCGACGCUUGGUUUUUCUGGUGUUAGGUAAGAGAUCCAGUGCAUUAUAACCGUACUCAUACAUACCGUUUCUUGAUGCCUAGGUUCGUACAGAUUUGAAAUAGAUAUCAUGUAUUAUUUAUCCUCAGUUUUAUUAGUUCUGUGGAGCUCAAGUGACAGAGACAACAAUUGAAAUGGAACAACUUAGUCCGACAGCGCACACAGACGAUCUGCUAUGCAUGCUAAACAACAUAGCUGGGUGAACAUCUGCACCCAUUGCUGCUCUUGCUGCCUUGCUGAUAACAUUCAAAAUGAAUAUGGCUUAGUAUAUGAAUAUGCAUGACAAAUCGGAGAUCUUUUUAUAGACAGAAUCUAGAGAUUAUGCGAUGG